AUGCUCAGCCACUGCGCAUUUGUCGUCACACCCUCCUGCAAGAAUGGGAAAAGAGCAGUCUCUCCAAGUCUCAAGAAGACUGGCGCCGGCGGGAAGAAGGCGAAAGCCGUUAUCGUGGAAUCUACUCUUUGUAGUGAUUUGGGUGCACCAGCGCCGGCGAGACCACCACCAGCCGAGGCUGUGGCUCGUUUUUGUGAUGCCGUCCAGCGACACGGUCAGGGCGCUGUUCGAGUUGAAGUCGAAUCCAAUGGACUCGGAGGGCUGGAAACUGGAACUGUUACCUAA